AACAAACACUUUUGCCCCUUCAUACCUUUUGUGUCUUAACAAUAUCUUGAUCCAGGUCAAUUACAUGUCAAUUUCCAUUCUUUUCCCAGGCACUUGGCUAGCCUUUUAUUUUCUUUAUUCCCCUUCUGCUGGGCAACCAGGUUAACAGUGUCUUGUGACCCACACAGGAACACCCGCCUCUGUCCAUGUGGCAGUACAAGUGUGGGAUAGUCCUCAAGACCCACAAGAGUGCGUGCUUCUGAGAAAUGUCUACCAACGAGACAGAAGCCCCUGCCAGCACCCCAGUGACAGCAGAAGAACCAGUACAGCAGCCCAGCGUGGUGGGCCGCGUGGCCAACAUGCCGUUUAUCAACUCCACCUGUAACAUGGUGUCAGCGGCCUACACCUCCACCAAGGAGAGCUACCCCCACGUCAAGACCGUCUGUGAUGUGGCGGAGAAAGGCGUGAAGACCCUCACAGCAGCCGCCGUCAGCGGAGCCCAACCCAUCCUGUCCAAGCUGGAGCCCCAGAUUGCAACAGCCAGUGAAUACGCCCACAAGGGGCUGGAUAAGCUGGAAGAGAACCUGCCCAUCCUACAGCAGCAGACGGAGAAGGUCCUGGCAGACACCAAGGAACUCGUGUCGUCAAAGGUGUCAGGGGCCCGAGAAGCCAUGUCCAACACCAUGUCCAGCGCCAAGGGCACGGUGACCACCCGAGUGACAGGGGCGGUAGACGUGACCCGAGGAGCCAUGCAGAGCGGCAUGGACAUGACCAAGUCCAUGGUGACCAGUGGUGUCCAGUCGGUCAUGGGGUCCCGUGUGGGCCAGAUGGUGCUGAGUGGGGUGGACACUGUGCUGGGCAAAUCGGAGGAGUGGAUGGACAACCACCUGCCCAUGACGGACUCCGAGCUGGCCCGCCUCGCCACAUCCCUGGAGGGCAUUGACAUCGCAUCUGUGCAGCAGCAGCGGCAGGAGCAGAGCUACUUCGUGCGUCUGGGCUCCCUGUCAGAGCGGCUGCGCCAGCGGGCCUACGAACACUCGCUGGGGAAACUGCAGCACACCAGGCAGAAGGCCCAGGAGGCCCUAUUGCAGCUGGCACAGGCGCUCAGCCUGAUGGAAACCGUCAAGCAGGGAGUCGAUCAGAAGCUGGUGGAGGGUCAGGAGAAACUACAUCAAAUGUGGCUCAACUGGAACCAGAAGCAGCUCCAGGGCACAGAGGGGGACCCAGCGAAGCCAGAGCAGGUCGAGUCCCAGACGCUCACCAUGUUCCGUGACAUUGCCCAGCAGCUGCAGGCCACCUGCGCCUCGCUGGGGUCCAGCAUCCAGGGGCUGCCCAGCCACGUGAAGGACCAGGCGCAGCAGGCUCGCCGCCAGGUGGAGGACCUCCAAGCCACCUUUUCCGGCAUCCACUCCUUCCAGGACCUGUCCAGCAGCGUCCUGAUGCAGAGCCGUGAGCGAGUAACUAAAGCCCGGGAGGCCUUGGACCACAUGGUCGAGUAUGUGGCCCAGAACACGCCCGUCACUUGGCUGGUGGGACCCUUCGCCCCCGGCGUGGCUGAGAAAGCCCCAGAGGAGAAGAAGUAGGAUAAACAAGAAGGGGGCUUGGGGCUCCGUCCCUCCAUGAGAUGGGUGGACCUCUUGGCUCCCCCUACUCAUCUCAGCUGCCACCUUGGGGAGCUGGGGCCCUCCAAACAGACCAGUCCCUCCCCCUAUCUGAGCCAAGAGGAAGCACAUCUGAGCCUCACCUCAUCCGUUGUUAGUGCAAGGUUUCUGGAAAAAAUUUCUCUAGAAGGUUCCAAACUUUUUGUUUUUCUAGAAACUUCCAAAAAAAAAAAUAAGGACCCUUAUUUUUUUUUUCCUUUUUUUUUUUUUCCUUUCUUUCUUUCUUAAAAGCCACGGAUAUAGUUCUUCUAUCCCACUUGCUUUUCUCCAUUAAGGGACCCGGAUGUCAUCAGUCUUUAGCUAACGGACUUGGACUUCUGGUCUGUGAAGUGGGCAUCCUGGGAUGGGGUAGAGGCGGAGCUACCGAGACACAUUCUAGUGCAGAAGGGGGCUGAGGACGGCCUGGCCAGCCGUAGGUGCCUGCAGCUUCAGUGUUGCCUUAAUAAAGUUUACCUGCAGCUAAGUACAAGCCAUGUCCG